GAGACACAGAGGAGGAGAAUGAGACAGACUCCUGGAGGCACUGGUGACACCGCUCUGCAAACACCAAGUUGGGGAGCCGAGGUGGAAGGAGGGAGCCAAGAUGUCCGUGCGAUCCCCUCUCUGAUUCCAGCCCCGGUGUUCACCCAAGGCUGGAGUGGUGCUUGAGCAGASCCCACAUUUCAGCAGUCCUCCAAGGAGCUGUGCUGGGCACACCUGRUCAAACCUUGAGGCUUCUCAUCUCCAUCCUCAGUCCUUUCCAGCCCUCCCCUAUGCCUUUGGACUCCCAGAGAGGAUGUCUGUCCCCAAAAUCCAAAUAGAAGAGGCGCUGGACAGCAUGGAUGCUGGCUCUGGGGGGGUCCCCCCUCCAGAUGACCACCUGAGGACCCUCAAGGCACUGACAGAGAAGCUGAGGCUGGAGACCAGGCGYCCUUCCUACUUGGAAUGGAAGGCAAAGCUGGAGGAGCAGGCUUGGAAGAGCCCCCAGCCCGAGGGAGAGGGGGAGGAGGAGGCCACCAAGGACAAAAAGAGCCCGGGGGAGGCUGUCCCCAUGAGGAAGGUGCAGCUGCACCUCAAUGGAAACCCUGCCCAGGACAAGGGGACUGUCACCUCAGGGAGAAUAGGUGGCUUUGAGAGCAUCGACGAGGCUUUGACGUGGCUCAGGAAGGAGCUGGCAGAAAUGCGGCUGCAGGACCAGCAGCUGGCCCGGCAGCUGAUGCGCCUGCGCAGCGACAUCAACAAGCUGAAGAUCGAGCAGACGUGUCACCUGCACCAGCGCAUGCUCAACGAYGCCACCUUCGAGCUGGAGGAGAGGGACGAGCUGGCCGACCUCUUCUGUGAUUUCCCCCUCGUCAGCUCCUUCAGCCUCUCCACGCCCCUCAAGCUCAUCGGGGUCACCAAGAUGAACAUCAACUCCCGCCGGUUCUCGCUGUGCUGAGCUGGGGGGAGGAAGGAGAGGGAAGGAUGGGGGAGAAAGAGGGAGAGGGGUGUCUCUGCCUCGUGGCUGGGUGAGGAGAGGCCAGCGAGGAGCAGAGGGAACGGGAGAGAACAGGGAACCUGCAGUGGAAAGGUGGGUGUUGGUCUGGCCCAGGGAUGUUCAUGGAGAAGGCAGGACCCGCGUGGAGGAGGCCUGGAGAGCACCCAAAAACCCAACAUGUGCACUCAGCUCCUUUGCCAAGUCCCUUSUUCUCCUCUUCCCUCCACCAGAUGCRGCUCUGGUGUGGGUGGUUGUGCUCAGAAUUCAAAGGAGGGGUUGAAGAUCAGCCACAACACAAAUCCCAUUUCCCUUCUCCUUCCCCUCCUCCCAGGCUGCAGCUACAACACAGCUCUCCUCCAUGGAUGUCUCCUUGUGCCCCAACCCUCAGCCUCUGCUGUCCAAGCACGGGGUCUGUGGGGCUAUUCCAGGUGGGAAGUUGAUUUCCCGUGGGAAGGAGCCCCCCAGCAAGCACAGAAUUGUGGGUUAAACAGUACCCACAGCCCCMAAAAUGGUGAGAAGAUGGGUUUGUGGGAUUACUCCACGCAGUCCAGGACACUGCAGCUUCAUUUUGCCUGUGGUCCAGAUGGUGGACUCGCCAUGGGCACAUCCAAAAGGAGAUUCCAGCCAGCCAGAAGUCUCCUGUGUGCCCUGGAAGUGAUACCUGCAGCAAUACAGGGUUCUGAUCCAGUUGGAUCCUGUUGUCAGCCACGUGUGGUUCUCCCUGCCAAGGAGACGACGCCGUACCCAAAACAUUUCCAGCCAGAGAAACCCCCAGGCUGACCCCCCACAACAGCAGCACCAGCAAAUCCUGGGUCCUCUGUAGCAACACACAUCCAUCAGAGAGAGGAACUUCAAGAGGAGAAAAGGGACUUUUGGGUAAUGAACUCCAAACUGGACUAAAAAAUUUAAGGGAGGGAUUGCUGCACUGAGCUCUGGACCUUCAGCAAGCCGGGGGAUUCCCUCCCUGCCCAACUGAAUGUGAGGUGGAUGCUGAAUUUUUUUUGCCUUUCAGUGCACACAGCUCCCUGUGCCUAGAACAGGGUGGGGCUGAGACCUCUGGUGCUGCCCAGCAAGGGUGGGGACUCCAGAGGCUUUGUCACKGCAAUUUUGGGACACAUGGCACCCGCAGGUGCCUUCAGGCUCUCUCUGUGUGCCCACACCACUCCUGAUCCUGUCAGAGUGGGACAAUCCUGCUCGUGGUGUCCCUGCCAUUCACUCCUCUGUCCCCCCUUGGUGAUGCCUCCCCACCCACUCCAAAGCUCCCUGAGUAUCUUUUCUUCCUGCUGAGGAAGGAGGAAUUUUAGGCACCAGAGCUCUGUCUGUACCAUCAGCACCACGCCUGGGUGCUGAAUCUUGUGCUCCCCAGGUGAGGAAGGUUUAUUUUGGGUCGUGACCAGACUUUCACUCAGCCUCUGGACAAGACAACCAGCCACGGUGUCGUUUCGUUUACUAGAAACAGCCUUAUUUCCCCAUGGACAUCUUGGAGGAAAAAAAAAAAAAA